UUUCUCGAUUUUCUCUCUAAAGUUGUUUAUAUCUUGAUAUUCUAAUAUCUCUAAUGAAAUAAGUUAUGUUAUUAGAGGGAUAUCAUUGUGAAGUUAACAAACCAUAUUAGUAACACCUAAAUUUCUAUUAAAAACAAGUUCUGUAAAAAUCUGUUCAACUCAGAACAAAAUUUGGGUGUAUUUUGUAUAUAAUCAGUGAGAAAGAAAUCGAGAGCAAACGGAUUUCGAAAGAGAGAGAAAAAGCUCCCGAUAGCUGUCAUCUUCACGAAUUUGUGGAUAGUCACCUUCGUCGUCGCAUACAAGUCUGCAGUCAGCACGGACGGUGCAUAUUUUGUUUCGCAUAUAUACCUUUUGCUUUUCGAUAGCCAAACUGAAUAGCCCGCGCCAGCGUCGAAACGUCAGCGGGAGCAGUAAAGACCCAUCUAGACUUCACGGUACACUCAAUUGGGAUUUGCGGAACAGUGCAACUUGUGCUCCGGAUCAACAAUGUUACCAACACCGCUAUCUGAGGAGUUUUUUCAAAAGUGCCGUACUGAUUUCUACGAAUGUCCAAAGAAUGUUCUCGCCCAGAAUGUUUGCACUCGGAUAGACCCAUUCGAGGCAUGUAUGUCGAGGAAAACGCUUGAGAACACGCAGCAUGUGUUCACUUAUAAGAUUGAAAACGAGGGCAAACCUCUGACAAACCAAAAAAGUUCCGGUCGCUGCUGGCUGUUUGCGGCAUUGAAUUGCAUCCGUAUCCCUUUCAUCAAGCAGUAUAACUUGGACGAGUUUGAGUUCUCUCAAGCGUACCUCUUUUAUUGGGACAAAAUCGAGCGUGCGAACUAUUUCCUGAAUAACAUCGUUGACACUGCCCGACGGGGGGAGGAAGUCGACGGUAGACUAGUGGCUUUUCUUCUAUCGGAUCCAACGUGUGACGGUGGACAAUGGGAUAUGCUGGUGAAUUUGAUAAACAAGCACGGACUAAUGCCGAAGAAAUGUUUCCCCGAGAGCUAUAGCUGUGAGUCUAGCACACGGAUGAAUUCGGUCAUUAAGAGUAAGUUGCGUGAAUACGCUAAAGUUUUGCGUACACUGAUCGAUGACGGAGCCAGUGACGACGAGGUGCAAGCGAAGAUCCAGACGCAGAUGAACGAAAUUUAUAAUGUUGUCGGCAUUUGUCUGGGAAUUCCACCGGAAAAGUUCAUCUGGGAGUACUACGACAAAAGCAAAAAAUACUUGAGCAUUGGACCGAUCAGACCGAUAGAUUUUUACGAGAAGUACGUAAAGCCGUACUACAACGUGGACGACAAGGUGUGUUUAGUGACUGAUCCACGCUCAACGAAUCCUUACGAGCGCUCGUAUACGGUAGAUUGCCUUGGUAAUGUUGUGGGUGGCCGGGCGGUCCUUUACAACAAUCAGCCUGUGAAAACGUUACUAGACUUGGUGACGAAGGCGCUGAAGUUGGGAGAGCCAGUAUGGUUCGGGUGCGAAGUGAGCAAACGAUUCGCAGGAAAACAGGGCAUUGAAGAUCUAGACAUCCACGAUUUCAAGCUGGUGUUCGGCGUGGACAUUCAGUCUACUAUGGAGAAGGCUGAUCGUUUGCUGUACGGAGAAUCGAUGAUGACGCAUGCUAUGGUUUUCACGGGAGUAUCAGUUGAUCAAAACACCCAAAAACCGACCAAGUUCCGCGUGGAAAACUCCUGGGGUGAGGAUCGCGGCGAGAAGGGUUAUCUCAUCAUGACCGCAGAGUGGUUCAAGGAAUUCGUUUUCGAGGUUGUGGUGGACCGCAGUUUGGUGCCACAAGACGUGUUGGACGUGUUCGAUUUGAAUCCGACCGUUCUGCCUGCCUGGGAUCCGAUGGGUACCUUGGCAAAGUGAACAUUCACACCCCUAUUCUGCACUGCACUCUUUUGGACCGCGCGCAAUUAUCACACUUUUCUUUACAUAAGCCAGAGAAAUAACACAAUUAUCAAAGCAUACACAUACAGCAUGCAUGUUUCGGGGUGCGAUCGAAUGGUCUUUCGAGGUCAAAAUAUCGUAUAGUACAGGUAUAAUACGAGGAAACAUGAAUACGGCCAUUCUUGUUAUCGAGAAAGAACAAUAUUGUCUAGCUAAUAUGUAAACUGUAUUUAGGAUAAUAACAAUUGCUAAUUAAAUUUAUCGUGACAUAAAUGGAGCAAAAACUGAGAAGACGUAAUAAAAUUUUUAAAGAAAAUAAAUUGUGAAAAUGUUGUUCGAUAUUGAAAUUAUA